AUGAAGUUGACAUCGGCGCAACUAGUUGCUGUAAAUAAAGGACAUGCUCCAGGAACAGUGCUUUCAAUACAAAGUGGUCCAGGGUGCGGUAAAAGCUUGUGCAUCUCAAAGAGGAUCGAGUCUCUUCUUGCAAAAGGUGUCAAAGCUGAUGAAAUAAUCGUGUUAUCAUUAACUAAUCGCGCAGUGAAUUCAUUAAGAAACACCAUUUACAAUUCAUUUGGAUCAGUUGCUAACGAUUUGGUAAUCAAGACUUUCCACUCUUUUGCUUCGAUGUUAUUGGAAGACAAUGGUGCAGAGUACCAUGCGGGAAAACCACCGUAUAGUGUUUUAGAUGAUGCCAGUUGGAGAAGCUUUGCUGAUUUCUUCAAUGCCAAGCCCAAAAUACUUGAGCAAGCCACUUUGGAAGUAAAGGAUGGAGCCAGUCUUGAGGCUAUUGCAGAGAAAUAUGCUAUCCCGGUAAAGCGAUUCAGAGAAAUAGUUGAUUACAUGGACCAGAACGGUUUAGUGCGGUACCUGGGGUUGAUCUCUGCUGCUAUUGAACUACUAGACAAGUCUGAUGGCAAGUUGAACACCAUUGCCAAUGCCAAAGUAUUGAUAAUUGAUGAGUUUCAGGAUAUGCAACCAAGCCUUUUACCAUUUAUCACCAAAAUUGCAAAGCAUGGCAUUCCCAAACAUAUAACAUUGGCUGGAGAUAAGAACCAGUAUAUCUAUGAGUUUCUUGGCUCUAGGCCAUCUAUUACUGAGGAGUUUAUCAAGCAGUUAGGGUUUCCAGUGGAUAGGGUUUUCCUAAAUGAGUCAUUUCGAUUAACUCCAGAGAUACUUGAGAGUGCAGAUGCCAUUAUUCCAACAGAAAUUAGGAGCAUGAAGAAUGCAGGAGUCAAAACUGUUGGACAGGGUAACAUUUGCACGGAUAUUGUUGAGUUGAUUGCACUUUCAGGAGGGAUACUUAAAUUCUCCGACUUUAUGAUCUUGGUGAGGUCCAAUGCGGAGGUUGAUACCAUUUCGGAGAUGUUGACCAAAGAGUAUGGGAUUAAAUGCAACAAGUACAAUGGUCUCGGGUGGGCAAACUCUGAUAUACACUUAUUUUUGGAUAUCUUACACGUGUUGAACAAAAGUUAUGGUUCUGAUUUUGCAUUAUUGCUUAUGCUCAAGAAAUUUGGCAUGGGGAAAAGGGAAGUUAAAAAAAUAUUUACAAACUACAAAAAAUGGAACAAGAGUUCACACAAUAAGCUUGAAAGUUUUCUCAAAUUGACAUUGGAAGAUGCGAGAUUCCAAGAGUUUCUCAAUCUUCUUGAGCAAGAGAGACUUGGGUUGGACACUCCAAUAACCAUUAUGGGGUCGCUUGCUCGAAUUACCAAGAAAUGGAAUUUCUUUGCACAAGAUAAGGACUUGCAGCAAAACCUUACUGAUUUUUACUCGUCACUAAAGAUUGCACAUACAAAUUAUCUAUUGGACUCGAGAGCAAACUCGAAUUCAACAUUUCUCGAGUAUUUUUUGCGACAUUAUUUCGAUGCCGAACCUAUCCUGGAUCACGACGCUGUAAAUGUUUCUACAGUGCACAAGGCAAAAGGGUUGGAGUUUCCAGUUGUAUUUGUUCCAAAUAAUGGUCGAAUGAAACUUGGAGAGUCGCGACUAAAGUACGUGGCAUUGACAAGGGCCAAAAAUUUCCUUUACAUUGGAGGUGAGCGUGGUGAAAAGAAUUUGGAUACAAUUCAGGAGUAUAUGAAGCAUGUUGCUGUUGAUUUGAAUCGAGCGAUCCCGAGCACCAAAAGUUUUAAUGCCGGUAAACAUUUAUUGAAUUUGUAUAGAAAGGUUCUAGUGUGA